CCCUUCUGAGAAACCCCAUAGGCAGCUUCGGAAAUAUACCGAGCAUCGACCUUUCUUUCUUCGUUAUCUGUAUGUUAGUUGUCUUCCAUGGCCUCUCCUUCUUGGAAAAACCACUGCAUUGAUUCACUUCUCAUUUAUUUAUACUUUCCCCAUAUCUUUUUCUUCCCCAUUAACUCUUCUUCUCUCAAGUCUCUUCAACCCUUUUCCUUCUCUCUCUCUCUCUCUUAUCUGUUUAUAAGAAAUGGCUUCACAAAACCCACAAUCAAAUUUCGAGGAUUUCUUGCCGAUCAUGGCAGAAAAGCUUGGUGGGGAUGGUUUAAUAGGUGAGCUCUGUAAUGGGUUUGAUUUAUUAGUGGACGGUGAUAAAGGGGUCAUUACGUUUGAUAGCCUCAAGAGGAACUCAGCUUUGCUCGGCCUUCAGGACCUGAGUGAUGCUGAUCUACGGUCCAUGUUACAAGAAGGGGAUUUCGACGGUGAUGGCGCCCUUAAUCAGAUGGAGUUUUGCGUCUUGAUGUUCAGAUUGAGCCCCGAUCUUAUGGAAGACUCUCGUCUAUGGCUGGAUGAAGCUCUUAAACAAGAAUUUAACGAUUCCCAUUAAAUUUGAAACAUUGUUUUUGGAAAAAAUAGAAUGAAAAAGAAAUAUAUUCUGGGUUGUGUUUGUUGUAAUCAUUGUUGAUUUUUUGUUCAAAUUAAUGAAAUAUACAGAAACAAUUUCCAAUUUGCCUCA